AUGUUGGUAACAGUGUUCGUGGAAAUGUUCUACGCUCAGGAGCUUCUCCGAAAACGGGAUGGCAGGCUAGGUUUGGUAUGGGCAGCUGCCUGUUGUCCAAACAGUAUCACUCUCAAAGAAAUACUGGAAGCCGACAUAAAAACACUGACCAUCACUGUCACUCAUCUGGUCCAGGGAUCUGGCGAACUGCAGUGGUAUCGCCUAUCCCUACGUCUCUCGUCGAAUCUGCUCUGUGGGCUGUGUUGGCUGUACAAAGCAAAGGCUGAACGCUGUUUGGAUGCAUUCAAAAGUGCAGUGCGACCAAAAUCAGGUCCUGUUGAUGUUCUGUUCACGAGCACCAGGGUUUCUAAGAGAAGCCUACCAACUAAGCAUGACAUUGAACCCGAUGAGGAGGAAGACAUGGGACGACAGGCAAUCACGAAUAAUUGGAGCUGGAUGGUCGCAACCUCUCCGGUGCGAGUGGGAGAUGUCCGAGAAGAUCACAUCACUGUGGACCGAGCGCAAGUGACAAUGCUAGAGCCUUCACUCCCUGUACAAGAAGCAGCAGUGGAGUUUGAGGAUGUAACUACGCCAAUGGACUUGGAAGUGGAGCUGGAAAGGGUCACUCUUCAGAAGAGCCCACCUUUAGAGAUGAUCAGGGAUGUGUCGGUGCUCGACUCUCGAAGACAAGGGUCCCUGCUAUCACCAGUGAGGAUGUCUCGGUUCCAACUUUAGCUCCUGCUUCAGCAGUCCCGGCAGAAAGUCUCUUCAGGAGGCCAGGACGACGAUUGGCGGAUGUACUCGAGCAGCGUUGGAGGAAUCUCCGUGUUUUAAGUGAAAAAACUUUUUACGACGAGGAACCUCCGGCUAUG